AAAUUGUUACAGAAGUGGCGUCCAUCUGUUAAAACUCUGAAGAUACCGUGAAGGUUUUGCGAACUCAUCUUUUCAGACGAAUAAUUUUGAAAGAACAUGUCGGAGUCAGCUGCGUUUCUUUUUCUUUUAUUGAGUACAGGUCUGUCAUUGGUCAGCUGCAAAGUAGGAGUAUGUAACACGACAUACUUCAUCUCUAAUGGACAGCAGUGCCAGAGAGAAAUGAUCAAGAAUCUGAUGACAAACCCGAACACCAACUGCAGUUACGAAUACGAGAGGGAAAAAUCCUGUCUGAAGACCCACGUUGCAACUUGUUUGAGUGAUUAUGUUGACCACGUGACGUCACUACUUCUUCAUCAAUUAUACCAUUGUGGCGACCUCACUUACCAACCCUCUUUCGCCAAUACAUUAAUUCUUGGAAAGAUCAAAUGCAAGGAUGAAGCAUUUAUGGACACCGAGUUUUGCUGGGAGUAUUUCCGAGAUAAGUUAAAUUCCAAUCGGUCUGACCCAUCUUUGUGCAGGGAAUAUGCUUUGGCAAAGCAUUGUAUAAAUGAAAAAGUUAUGGCAAAUUGUGAGAUAUGCAGCUCGCUUGUGAGAGAUCAUUACAAUCCGUUUUGCGCAAACAAAAGCGAUCCACUAAUGGUCACGAAUGGAUGUCAGGAUUUAGCGAAGCCCCUUCCGUGUUCCUCUUCCUCAGUAUACAAAACAGCGUUAGACUGCGAGAGAAUUUUUUUGAAGAGCUUUAUGGAAAACGACAAAACUGAUUGCGGACCUGCGCUCACCACACUGAAAAGUUGCUUGGAUGAGCAGUUAUCUCAGAGGUGUAAAGACGACUCUAUUAAUCGGCGAGUCGUGGCUGACAUAAGGAAAGCUGUAAUGGCGGUGCUUCGUGGUCCAAGAUUCUUUUGUGAUGCAGUGAACCUACGCACAAUCGAUCUUGAUUUCAAAGCUCGUCCCACGAUCCCUUGUAAAGCAAACUUUUUUCCAGAGAUGGAGAAAUGCGCCAAACCUGUAAGGAUGGAGUUCAAUGCACAAAACGGUAUCGGUGGGGAAUUUUGCAGCAAGUUCCGCACAGCUUUAAGUUGUUCCAAUGGUGUGCAAAAAUCCUUUUGUAAGUUUGAUGAAAGCGUUGUUGGUAUGAUUCAAAGAUCCUACUCAUCGUUUUGCGUGGAUGGAACCAGCACUGGUGGAGAGGGCCGUAACAAUACUGCAUCUUCUACGUCAGCAAGCUUUGCUUUUUUAUCUGCCUUUGUUUUUCAAGUACCGAUGUUAUUGGAUGCCAUCAACUCCAUUUUGUUUUCUGUACAGUAUUGAUUUCUGUAACGUAUUAUGCCGUUAGGAAUUUUUCUCCAACUUGCAUAUUUACCACAGUCGCUUUUCUGAUCGACGUCUUUUCAUUUGUUGUUCACCUUUUUAGUGCGGCCUGUAAGUCUAACUUGAAUUAAUAUUUUAUUGUUCGUGAAACUUUUCGAAGACCUUGUGUUAUUUUCCUUUGUUCAGUAUCGUUCCCCCCUGGGAGGGUAGGUCAGAGGAGGCGAGGGCGGGGAGGGGCGGAGAUUAAAGACAAUCAGAUUUUAUGCCCGCGGAAACAUAGUUGCCUGCCAGAUCUUUUGGUGUCUAUAUUGAAAUUUUGAAGGUGUUUAUAUAGUCUAUAGUUGCUGAUAGCUUUAGGAGUUCCUAAUUAUGUGUUCUUGACUAUGCGAAGUCGCUGUUGUUUUUGCAGAUAUUUUAUCCCUACACAGUUGAUUGAAAAUAAAGAAGACAGGAAAUUGAAGAAAGAUAAAACAAAGCGAAAAAAAAAAAUUUUAUUCAUUUGAUGGAGCAAAUGACGAAAGUAGGAAGAAAAGCAACCCUUCCAACUAAUAGUGAUUUUUUUCUGAUCUGUUUGGAUUCUUCUUUGCUUAUAAGGAUUUAAUUGAAAUUAAGUAAAUACGUUUAACAAAACUGUUGUAGUCAAUUUAAUGUGUGCCACUUAUCAGACAAUUUCACUCAGAGUACUACUAGACUGACGUCUUUCCACAAAGUGCCAAACUGUAUUUAAUGUAUGGUUCUAGGGUAUGCUAUGUUAGCCGUAAGAUGUCAGAUAUUCGGAGUCUCUUUG